UGAUAAUAAUUUGUUAGUACUUUAUUAAUGGGUAGUGCUAUCGCAUUAUCGUGUGUGUGAUGUCAGAUUUGAUAGUACCAAAGCGAAUAAGCGACAAGUGCUGUCUGUUUCACACACAGGCAGUUAACUAAUUGGGCUAGUUAUGUUCAAAACAUCGCGUAGUGUUGUCAUUUCUUACAAAAAUGUUUGCUCAUUGUUGUGCUAAUUCAUGGAUGUGAUCAAUGACUAGAGUAGUAAAUCGGGAAAAAUGUGUUCAUAAAAAUAAAACUACGCAGUAAACAAAUAAAAUGAGUGCGGCGUUUACCUUGUUAUUUAUUCAAUAAACCGGUUUCAAUGCAAGUUUUCUGUGAGAUAACGCUGAGGGACCGACUUUGUUUAUAAUGGCAUUUUCGCUAAAUAGACUGAAGAAUGCUUUCAACGUUAACAAAAGCAGUCAGCUGGCCGGUAGUGGAAGUUUGGACCCGGAAAUAGGUUUCAAAUUAUCAUUGCAUCCAAUCAGUAAAAAUUUAUACGUGACUGUUAUCGGCGCCCGGCAUCUCCCGUCCUUGUUUGGACUCAGUCGCGCUCAUGGCUACCUUGUAAAGGUAAAACUUUUUCCCGGUGAAAGUAAAUUUGAGACAACGUUACAAGAAAGCUCUUGGCCUAUUUGGAACGAGGACUUCAAGUUCCAAUUACGACACAAAGAUACAAAGAAAAGUUCAGAUAAAGUCGAUCUUCAAAGUUUAGUGGCAGGACAUUUCUUAUCGUUAACAAUUUAUGCUAUACUCGAGCCUCCUAAAACAGAGGAAAGGAGGAAAAGUGCGAAAGAUCUGAAGAGUACAAAAUUAGUGAACGAUGACGAGCAAAAGCCGAAAGGCGGUUUAUUUGAGAAAACAUUCAGCAGUUUUAAAUCAACGAAGACUGAGGCUAUCGCCCAAAAAUCAAUUUUGGAAAAGCGCAGGACUGUUGGCGCGGCGACGUGGAAUUUCGAUUCAAAAUUAUUUCAAAACGAUCUCAAGAAUGGUCUGAUUGGCACUCCAGAUAUUUGGAGGCCUAUCAAUGCUAUUGCUAGUGGACUGGCUGCUGCGGAUUCCCGAAGAGAAAACAAGAAAGGUCAACUUGAGGUCACAUUAUUGUACACUGCAAGCGAGGACGGUUUAAAUGAUGUAGUGCAAUUGACUGUCAACCGACUAAGAUGUUCGGUUCAGACGAUGCAGGAGCAAGAACAAUAUAAAGCGCCCCUGUACUUGAAAGCGACGAUACUGGAAGCUAAUAAAGCCGAAUGCUAUUGGAAAAGCGAUAGAUUCGCCCCGACCAUUUCCGCCAGAUGGGAUCCCAAGUCUGCAACGGUCAAGUUAACCGUCUUCAAAGCGAGCUUGAAUAAAGUUAGCAUUUAUAUUAGCCUCGGGUGCAAAACUAAAAUGGCCAAGAAGGAAAUAUUAGGCAAGGCGCACAUUGAAGAGAAGUCGCCUUAUACUGACAGCUGGAACGAGUGUUUGAGACAGCCGGGCAUUCCGAAAACGUUCUGGGUCAAUUUUGAGUGAUUAAACCGUCCUUAUUACGGCCUGUGCAGACGAGAGACUAUAAUUGCCCGCGGAGGACAAACAUCGAUCACUACGAACUGCAUCGCAUAACGCACAAGUUGGAAUGGAAACUAUAAUAUAGUACGGCGAAAUAUUGUAGUAAAAGUCGACUUUGUCCGCCACGGAUAAUAAGUCCCUCGUCUACGCAGACCCUAAAGGUGAUCGCAGUACGAGGCACAAGAGCGCAUGUUAAAUUUUUCAGUUCAUACAUGUACUUUACCUACUGAAAGUAUUACGUUUAACAGAUUUGGUUGCAUCGGCAGAUCGAAAUAAAGUUUGUAUCGAAUAAGUUCUUAAGUCGUGACUUAUACUUAGCCUGAACUACUUUACUUUGCAGCUGAAGUCACUAGUACUGGCGGUCCUGAAAAAUUUCGACCGUUCUUACGCCUCCUGCGGGCCAUGCUCUCUUUGCGAUCUCCUUGUAUCGUCCAAUGUCCUUGUUAUUGAAUAGUAAUAAUAUCUUCAUACUAAAAAAAUAUAUAUAUGACAUGAUAGUAUGUAUUUAAAAUAAAAUAGUAAGUCGAUAAGUUACACUUUACAGCAACGUUAUUACUAUUUACUUGUCAAAAAUUGUUUGUCUCGUUCGCCUUUUUUUGGAAAAAUAACAACGUUGCUAUGUAUCAUAUCGACAGAUUACAGAUAGUAAUAGAUUACAAGUAGAAAAUGAUCAGAGUAUUAUAGCAAUAUUGUAACCUCAUUUUUAGGGUUCCGGAGUAAAAUAAGGAACCCUUAUAGUUUCGUUCAAUCCGUCUGCGUGCUACAGCUGUUUUGAAAAAAAAAAACUAUCGCAGCUGUUAUUUACAAUUUUAAUUUAGCACAGAUAAGGAAGCUUCACAGAAAAUAAAUCAAAGUACAGUGCGCGACAGGUUGAGAUGGCGAUCGGGGUAUGACGCGGGGGGAGCGCGGGAGCUGAGCGGGAGUGCGGGGCGUCUCUACUCCGAUUGCCAUCUCGACCCGUCGCGUACUAUAGGUAAGCUAGGUACCUCCUGAACGUGAAAAGUUAAACUUUUUGGGUUACCCCCUCAAAUGGGACCUCAUUAAAUAGGUACCUAUAAGUAUUAAAAUCACUACGUAUUACGAUUCCUUGAACAGUGUUUCGAAAAAUCAGCCGUUCACGAAUCCAGUUGGAUUCCCCACUAAAUUCUGAAGCUACUAGGUAUAUUUAAAAAUCUGAAAAAUUCUAAAAUAAACAUAAUAGUAUAAAGUUAUAUCGACUAUUUUGAGACCAAUAACUAUUAGGCGACUUAUGCAGUAAGUAGUUGAAACAAACUUUAUGAUGAUACUAGCUUAUACCUGCGACUUCGUCCUCGCGGACUGCACAUAUUAUUUCAAACCCCUUUUUUACCUCUUAGGAAUUGGAGUUUUAUAAGCAAGACUGCGGAACCCUGCUUUAUCCGUGUUCUAAUACGCAUUUUACAAGUUUUUGUUUUACUUUGUUAAAGUUAAUAUUAUGUGAUGUUAAAAAACAUUAUGAUAAGGUAAAUAGUAGAUAAUGCUAUUAAUAAUUGGCUAAUAAGUACUUUAAAAUUUUAACAUCAUGGGAACAAGCGUAUAAUAUGACAAUGGAAAUAAAGUUAAGGAAUAUUUUUGUAUUAUACCAA